UGAAGAAGAGGGAGUAGGUCAAUCGUGCUUGUUUCGGGCGUGUGUAAUGACAAGAGAGUCCACAUGGGCGGCCCUUCCUUUUGUCUGAAGCUUACCGUAUCAGUGUGCCCUUCUACUCUCGCUGGCCUGGUGGUGUGGUCUCUCUCCCCACUCUGGUGUCCCUUCUUCUACCAACAAGUCCUCUUCCAUCUGCUUCAUCACAGUCUGCUCCAUUCCUUCUCUUACUUCUCCCCUGCUGUUGGGUCGCCUUUAUCUGAUCCGUUGCUCUAGUCUUCCUGUACAUGGAUAACCAAGAUCAUAGACGAAUUCACACUCCAGGGCACGAGAGUCAUGGAGUCUAUGUAUGCCACAAAUGUGGAUGGCCCUUUCCAAAUCCGCAUCCAAGUGCCAAACACAGGCGUGCUCACAAGAAGAUCUGUGGAACCAUUGAAGGUUAUCAACUGUUCGACUCAGAGGGACAGCCCCAUUCCAACGCUUCAGAUGAUUCUGACGAUGAUCACAAGAUGCCAAGUCCAAAACCCGCCAUGGAAAUGAGUAAAAAUUUGAAGGGUGUUGGUGGGAUUGGAGAAAAAUUAAUUAGAUCAGAAGAUGAGGUUUUUUCAGAUGCCGUUGCAGACUUUUCAGAUGGUGGAUUAAGUUCGGAUUCAGCCAUUAGUGUGGAAAAAAUGGACCGAAAGGUUCCAAAACUUUCAGAGCUAUCUGAAAAUAAAUGUUUUGAUGCUGCAAGUGUGAGCCAGUUAAUUGUCAAGUCGGGUGAGGGCUUCCAAGUUCAAAGUCCUGGAGCUUUGAAAAGUGAAGAGGUUGAGGUAGCAAAAACACCAGAGUUGCUGGGUCAACCAUCAGGCUUUGUUGUGGAGCCAUCUUCAUUUUCUGAUUCAGAUUUGACGACUAAGGCAUCAACUGUUGUAGAUAGUGAUGAUUCCUUUGGUAUUCCAAGUAACUCACAUCUUAGCAAAGCUGAAGCCAUGUCAGAUGUAAUUCCAGAAAUGGGUAUACAUGUGACAGGUAGCAAUUUGACUUCUGUUGCAGAGACUAAUUUGAAAGGACUGGAUGGGAUUGAAUCAGACAGAGACAUGGUUGAGAUUGCAAAAUCUUUCAGUAAUGCUGUAGAUGAAACAAGUGAGAAAUCUUCUAAAAUAGAGGUUGGUGAUGAGGAAACCUCAAGUGGUGAAAUGGCUGAAGGAGCUGCUGCACUUGACCAAAAAUACAAUGCCAAUUUAUCUUCUGUGGUGUCUCAAGACAAUGUUCUUCCUUCUGAUGCAGAUUCUGUUUCUGUCACAAAUGCUUUUGCUAUUGUUGUUCAGAUGGAAUCAAAACAUAUGCCACAGUUUGCUGCCUCUAGUAAUCCAGUCAACGAUUUUCAGGAAAAGGGAGAAGGAGAUGUUAAUGUCUUUACACUGUCUAAUCCUGAUUUAGCUCAUUCUCAGAGUGAGUUUGAAAAUUGUGUGGGUCAGGAAGGUGGAGUGGCAGUACAAAAUCCUCUAAGCUUACACUUAUCUGAACCAUUGAAGCAUGAGGAGGAUGACUUAAAGAUAACUUUGUCUGUGACUGAGGAGCCCCAUUCCGAUUACAACUCAAACCAACUGACUGAAGAAAAAGAGGUUCUCUUUCCUGAUAUGCAUGCUUUAGAUAAUAGCAUUAAGCAGGGGUGUAUUAACAGUGACCCCUUGGUUGAAGUGACUGCUGUAGAGCAUGCUGAAGUUUCUCCUGUGAAGCACAUUUUUUAUGGUGAUCAAAGAUCAAUAGAAGUUGGAGCCUCUGAGGAUUCUAUGAAGUCUGAGAUUAGUAAGACUUGUACUGUUGGCUCUUCUGAAGAACUGGGAUCUGAUGAUGUUGGUAAAAAUCUACAGCACAGAAAUUUAUUGGAAGGUAGUGUUAUGGUCUCAUCUGAUGAUUUGGAAGAUUUUAAAGAUUGUGAGGAAGAAGUUUCACGAAAAUCUUUCAACAAUCUACACUCAACUGAAGCAUUUAAAGUUAAAGAAGGUGACUUGAAGGAUACCAUUAAUGAGGAAAACCGUUCUGAUUUCAAGUUGAGCCAAUUGAGCAAAGAAAGGGAGAUUAUUUCUCCAGAUGUGCGUGUUUCAGAUGAUAUCAUUAAGCAGGAGCUGGUCCACGAUGAGUCUCAGGUUGAAGAUGCACUUGCUGAAGAGCAAGCUGUAGUUUAUCCAGUCACACUGACAGCUGAAAGUAUUCAAAGAUCAGAUGAAAUUAGAGGCUCAGUGAAUACUGUGAACACUGAGAAGAAUGAAAGCCAUGCAGUUGGCUUCUCAGUAGCACAUAAGCUCGAUGAUGCCUGUAAAACUUUGCAAGAGAAAAGUUUACUGGAAGAUGGUAUCCUGGCCUCAUCUAAGGAGAAUCUCAGAAAUGUAUCAAUUGACUUCUUACCCAGUCAAACUAGUAUACUUAGCAGAGACGGAACAAGUCAUCAUGAGAAAAAAAGAAAUGAUUUGGAUGAUGUAGUUGUAGACAGCAAAUGCAAAGGAGGCGAUGAGGAAAGUGAUAUUGGAUUUGAGGUGGGAACUUUUCAGCCUAGUGAUCUCUUGCAAUUGGAAGGGGAGACAUCAAGUGAUUUAUUUAAGAGUAGUGAUGCUAGUGAAACAGGCAAAACAGAGAAAUGUGAUAAAUAUGAUACUCAGGUUAUGGGAGCCUCCCCUGUAAAAGAUACGUUGUCACCCAAUUCUGGUAGCAUCCCAUUUGAAUCCCAAAUUGUUUCAGAGGAUGUAAGGGAUGGGCAAGCAAGGAAGCCAACAGGUAUUGACAGCACAGUUGUAAAUGCAGUACCAGGUAUUAAGGAAGACAGACAAGUAGAUGAAAUCAUUAACAAUAGCAAAGUAAAAGAAGAAUGUAAUACAGUUAGCAAUACUUAUUCUAAUUUACCUCAAGCACAGGAUACAGAGCCAUCGAAGGCUGUGGAAAAACAUGCUAAGGAACUUCCUCCACAUUCUCAUUUGGACACUGAUCAAUCUGCUCAAUCUGUUCCUGCUGUUGAAGAUAAUACAGCUGUUGAACCUAGUGGGGAUGACUCUGGAACUAGUAUUGUGACUGCUUCAGAUCGAAAUGGAAAUAACUUGGUUAAAUUUGGUUCAUCUGUUAUUGAUGCUUCAGUUGACUCUGGUAGUCGCUGUGACAGUUUGGAAGGAAACUGGGGUUCUGUUUCAGUUCUCUCUGUCCAAUCUGAUGCGCCAGCUAUUACGGAUGGUGAAGCUUUACCAUCAGCAGAAACAGGGAAAUCCAACUUGAACAGUUCUAAAGCUGCAGCUCAGGGACUGCAAUCUGAAAAAUCAGAUAUAUUUGAACCACCAUCUUUCAUGACUCUGGUCGAACAUGAACACAUGGUUGGCCCAAAAGCUGCUGCUUCAGAAGGUCAGAAAGGACAGAACCCACAACAACCAAAUCCUAUGUCUUCGCAGGCUGGCUGGUUUCCCACCCUUACUCAUGUUGUUAAUGAGUCUCAAGGGAGAAAGAAGAAUGAAGAAAUUAUAGCCAAGGUAACUAACUGGAGCACCAGUAAACAGAGCAGCACACCUUUGAAGAGCCUCCUGGGCGAGGCUGCCAAUAGCAACAAGCCUAAGUCUCCGAAGUUGGACGGAAAUCUAGCGUCUUCCAAAAAUGGUGAAGUUGCAACAGAUAAUGACUCUGGAUUGACAACUGUUAACUCCAUUCUUGGUCCCGAAUCCCCUGCUGCACAGGCUGCGAGAGACAAGGCUGGAAAAGAAUGGAACUCCCCGGCAAGAUAUCCUGCUGACAUCAAGAGGGAAAAGAGGAAAAUCAAGAGCAGACCAUAUUGGGUACAGUUUGUAUGCUGCUCUUCUGUGGAUCCUCGGUGAAUGUGAAGUAGAAGAUUGACAUAAGUGGUGAAAUUAUUCUAAUCCUCUCCACCUGAUGAUAUGAUCUGCUUAUUAGUUCUGGUCGUGGUGUUAUAGUUGGUUUAAAGUAAGGUUCACUUUAGAUUUAAGGUACAUAUUUUGGUUAAUGUAUCUGUCUUCCUAGGAUCCUAGGAAGAUGGUUGUAUAUUUUGUGGAUCUACAGUCAUAUUUUUCUGCUACGAAACUUGAACAUUUCAUAUCAUGGUUUGGUUCACUUUGCUGCAGCCUCAAUUUGAUGGUACAGAUGAUCCCGCUUUGCCUUUCAAA